AUGGACUCUCCGAGAAGAACCCGGAAUCGGGCCGCCUGCAAGCGAUGCCAGCGACGGAAAAUCCGCUGCGACGGCAAUAUACCGUCUUGCGGCUCUUGUCGGAAGGCCGGGGUCUCCUGCAUCAAUGAUGGCAAGCAGGAGGUUCAUCGCUCAUACAUCGCGAGCACAGAAAAUCGAAUAAAAUGGCUCGAGUCAAUUAUACGAGAUCGAUGCUCCGACAUUGAUCUCAGCCGACCAGAAGGACUACAGGAGACCCUGGUUGAGGAACUGCGGCCUGGAACGCCGGACGAGACAGGGGCUCAUGUGAAUUACGAUGGAUUGCCUGACCAUACUCAGGAAAGACGAGAACCUCAGGUUGAGGCUAGCCCAAGGAUUAUAGUCUCCCAGGACCAGGAAGUCUCGCAAGAACCACCGCCGGCAACCGGGAUCAAUGAAGAACCUCAACAAGCGCACGAGAUCGGUCUCGUGUCUUUAUCACCCGGCGGCGACCCUCGAUAUAUCGGCCCUUCCAGUGGUUAUUUCUUUGCGAAACGCAUUUUAACAAGUGCCGGCUGCCGUGGAAUGCCCAAAGCAUCAACCAGUGCCUCUUGGGAUUCAGCACACCUGUCUCUCGAGUUGCUAAACACGCCUGCGGUAAUGCCAGCACAGAAGCAGAGCACAAUAGAACUGACGACCAAGUAUUUUCGGACGGUCCAUCUUCUAUACCCAUUUUUGCAUGAACAAGCACAUAUUGAGACUAUCGACAGGGUUUACGCCUCGCACGAACAGAACCCUCUAGAGACCUUCCAAGUUUAUAUGGUUUUAGCAAUUGCGUCAUUGAACCUUUCACGCCAGUGCAAGGUACAUCUACCAGUGGAGGGUUAUUACGCGUCGGCGAUGAAGCAUGUCGACUUUGUCUGCAACCAUGGCUCGGUUACUUCCCUCCAAUGCCUACUCCUCUUAAUGGUGUAUGCAUUGUACAACCCGUCGUGCAACAUCAACAUCUGGAAUUUGAACUACCAAUGUCUUGCGAGUGUAAUUGAUUUGGGACUUCAGCGAGAUGUCCGGGCAUCAUCGUCGCUUCACAUUUCGGUGUUUGAUCAGGAAAUGAGAACCCGUAUAUUCUGGGUUGUGUAUACAUUCGAUCGAACAGUCUGCACCAUGAUGGGACGGCCAAUUGGCAUUAGAGACGAGGCAUGCGAUAUACGUUUUCCUCUACCUAUAUCAGAUCAUGAUCUUAGCAAGAUUUCGCCUGACUAUCAGAACUACGACAAGUCAACAUCUCACAUCUCAUAUUCCAUCCACCUGUUCAAAUUGGCUCAGUUGAAUUCGGAAAUAAAAUAUAUCAUGCACAGCAUAAACCGAAAUGCUCCCGCUUACGCUUUGCCUGCUGUCAGAAACAUUUUGACUUGGCAACAAGACAUGAUGAAGUCUCUCGACAAUUGGUUCCAAAAUAUCCCCCACCAGCCACGCAGAGAGGAAACUGAAAUAGUGCUGCUGUGCAAAGCAAAGUAUCACGAGACGAUGAUCUUGCUGUUGCGGCCGAGUCCGGGAAUUCCAAAUCCCUCGGAUGAGAUCCUUGGUGAAUGCUUCAACCAUGCCCUCAUGUUGCUUCAGGAGUUCAGCGCUUUAUAUGCCACAGGGAAUCUCCUCUAUAAUCGACUAGUCGUGCAUUCAAUCUUUCUCGGUACAUUGGUCAUGCUGAACUGUAUAUGGAAGCUACCACGGGCCGCAGCAAGGAUUCCUGUGGACGAUCUUAUCUCGAAGUUCAAUACCUCACAGAAUAUUCUUAGUAGCAUCGGAGAACACUGGUCAGAGGCUACCCGAGCGCGAGAUUGUGUUAAAGAAUUAUCGACAAUGACCAUCCAACGGCUCUUAAAGUCCCAGCCGGCUCAGUCAGAGUCGCAUUAUCAAGCCACUGACAAUCAACGGUUAGCACCUGGCCGGUCUCAACACCAGUAUCAAGUUGAUAGAAGCAAUGGUGAGGUCACUGCAGAGGGACCCGUGCAGGUCCUACCAGAAAUGUGGCCUACCGGCAACGCACAGGCGAGCUUCGAAGCGCCUGCCUCUGAAUUCUCAAAUUUGUUUGAUGACUUUCUACAAGGAGAUUUCCCGGGUUGGAGCGGAAUGUCUGAUAUUGAUGGCCUCAUGUGGGAUAUAUUCAACAACGGCCCGCAAUGA